AUGUUAUUUUGGUUGUAUAUCACCCUUUGUCUUUAUUGUAGGCAAUUUAUUUUGGUCUAUAUUAAACAUAAGAUUGAGGAAUUAAAAUCCCGGUUGAAAUUGUUAGAAGAAGAGAUUUCAAAGCUUGAUUAUAUUUUAAAAACAUCAUGGAAUAUUUUUAUGAAAGCAUCGAGAAAAAAAAAAAGAGCUGAACUUUAUGAAAAAUAUCUACAAGAGAAACGUAAAGUAAGAGGUUAUGAAAAACUUAUAGAGAGAUUAAAAUCUAUAAAUGUAAAUUUCAAUAAUAAUGACUGGUGCCUCUUUUCGGAGGGAGGCAACUGUUGGCUGUUAAAAAGAAUUAUGAUGUGGGCAUCUGAACUUAACUCUAAAAAAUGUCUAACACAAAAUAUAACCCAAAAAGCAAUAUGUUAG